GUGCAGGCGGACACCAUGGUGCAAGGCCACAAGAAGAGCCAGUGCCUUCUCCUCCGCCGGUCUCCUGUCGCUAUGUCAACCUUUAAGCUGUCAGACCUGCCCUGGGGGGCUCUUCACGGACGGGUGAAAGUGAAGAGCUCGGCCGAGCAGCAGGAGACCCAGAGGAAGGAGCGAAGCCAGAAGCUGGAGGCCUACCGGAGGGCAACGGAGGCCAUGCAGAGGAAGGUAGGCCCAGCGGGGGGAGGUGGGGAGUUGUGGAAGGUGACGUGGGUUGGAGGAAGGGGACGGGAGUCUGGAGGGCGAUGGAGGGUGACGGAGGCCGUGCAGAGGAAGGUAGGCCCGGCGGGGGGAGCUGCCACCGGGGACGCUGAACGUUCAGUUCCAGGAUCAGUCGGUGAGAGUGACUUGGGGGCCAGACAGAGCGGGCAAGGAGUGUUCUGCAUGGACAGAGUCCGGGGUGAAGGUUGGUACCGAGAUUCAGCCACAGAUGAACAGCUUUUCCGGAGUGAACUCUCCGUGCAGAAGGCCACGGUGCUGGAGUCCGAGCUGGAGUCGUGUAAACAGCUACAGGAGCUCGAGCCCCAGAACAAGUGGUGCCUGCUGACCAUCAUCCUGCUGUUGCGCGCCCUGGACCCUCUAGGCUACGAGCGCGAGACGCUGGACUACUUCCAGCGGCUGACGGCGGCCGACCCCCUCCGCACCGCCUAUCUCGCUGACCUGCGCAGCCGCUUCCUCAUCGAGAAUGCGGUCCUCAAGAUGGAGUACGCCGAGGCCCGGGUCAUUGACCUCGCCAACAAGGGCCUGACCACCCUCUGCCACCUGGAGCAGCUCCUACUGAUCACCCACCUCGACCUGACUGGGAACCGGCUCAAGGCCAUCCCCCCUGCCUUCCGCACACUACAGUGUCUACAGGUUCUCCAAGCCGACGGGAGUGAGAUUGAGCACAUCGAGGGGCUCUGGAACCUCCGCAAGUUGAAGGAAGUCUCCCUGAGGGAGAACUGUCUCCGGGAGCUGGACGACCUGCGGCCUUUGACCUCCUGCCCCCAGCUGGCCACCCUGCAGCUCUCCGGAAACCCCCUGUGCCUGGGGGAUGGGGCGGCGUCGCUGGUUCACUCCCUGCUGCCCGGAGUCCCGGAUAUCCUGCUGUGAACCGAGGAAGGGUAUCCUCACUCCAUGACCAUGACCAUUCACUCCCUGUCCCCCAUAUACCAUGGCCCAGCACCCGUGCAUCUCUCUGCCAAUGAUUGGUUAUCCUGGUUGAUUGCUCAAUAUGUGAUUGGCUCUCUUGAAGAGUGACUCAACAAUCCAUUGCUUUUUCUGUGAUUGGCUGUCCUAGCGACCAAUAACUUGGUUUGCCUUGGUGAUCCAUCGCUCACUCUCUCGGCCUACAGCUGGCUGCCCUGGCAGUCCAUCGCUCUGUCUUCGACACGCUGCUCUGAAUCUGCAGUGCUCUUGGAUCCCUGACACUCCAUUGGACUGGAUGGGGCAGAGGCAAUCCAAUCACGGGCCAUGAUAGUGCUCAUUUGCAUCUCGAGAGCAGGGCUCUGCCCACAUGUCCGUCAGGAUCCUGACACUAAUGGGCAGUUUGCGUUAGAAGCCUAAUUUUGUCCCGUUAUCUGGUCCUAUCCCACCCCCCACCCCUGGCAGCCCUCCACUGACCUGCUCCACCCCUUGACCUCACCCACCCCUCCUGACCUGGUCCUGCCCCCUGACCUUACCCCUCCCCAGCUCCUAUCCCUAAGUCCAAGUUCGAAGUUCAGUUUAUUAAAAUUCAACCGACCACGUGAAUACAACCGAACGAAACACCAAAAUGCACAACACAGCACGUAUAACUUGCAGGCAUAACGAAGGUAAUAUCACCACAAAUAAAUUUACAAUCAGUUUCAUAACACAAAAAUGUCUCAUAAUACAUAUGACACAAGGUAAAAAAGUAAACUGUCCAACACUCCUGGCUCUUCAUGCGUGAUGAGACCUGGGUGACGGCAGGGAGUUCGGUAACCUCACGGCCCGGGGGAGGAGGCUGUUUCCCAUCCUGACAGUCCUUGUGCUAAUGCUACAGUACCUCCUUCCUGAUGGUCAAAGAGAUUGUUGGACGGAUGGGAGGGGUCGUUGACGAUGCUAAAGGCCUCUCGUACACAGCGCUCCUGACAAAUACCUCUGAUGGGUGGAAGAGAGGAUGCAGGGCAUGAGGGGAGAGUUGUGGGAGGGCACGGCAGUUGGGAGUGACAUUGGGGAUGGGCGGGGGUCAGGUCCCGUUCACCGACCUCUCGCCAUCGAUCUCGGCCUGUGGAAAUGUCUCGGUAAACCUGCCAUGGCUCCCCCACCAUGUUGUGUCUCCACGGGUGGGAGGGAGGAGCAAUGGAGGGAGCGCCGCAGAAGGGGGAGGGGGCAUCUACGCCCACUCGGUGAUCGUCCGACUCAGUGGUGACCUCAGCGAUGGGGACUGGUGUAGGUAGAUUGGUGAUGGGUCCAUUAGAGGGAAGGGGUGUGGGAGAG